AAGAAAUGAAGACUUUUCAUGACAUGUUUCUAAUUUUAAAUGCGUGAAACUCAAAGAUAGUAAAUGAUAUAAUUGCUUUUAUAUUACUGCGAGGAAAAAGGAAUUAUAAAUCAUAUUUCAAUUAGUAAUUGCUGUGAUGUUGAUAUCAAAUAGGUGUGUUAUUUGAAACCAUAAUUGCUCGAUGUCGAUGGUCAUCAAAAAUAUAUAUAAAAGGAAUCAGGAACUUUCAUGAAUGCACAGAUGACGUACAUGUACGUGUAUCAAAGAUUUUAAAAUUAUAUUGAAAAGACGUAUGCUAUUUUCAUGAUGGAACCCUACUUCGUUAUUGUUGCGAUGUCAAUCGUUUUUAUUGAUAUCAGAAUAGAUUCACUAAAAGUGACUUUAAAAUCAGAUGACCCUAUAAAAUACGGGAAGUCAGUAGAACUCCAAUGUCUGUCUGAUAACACAUCCUCUCAGUCGUCAUGGUAUUGGUUUUCUGAAAAUAAUCUGCUGUUCAUAGAUGGCCAUGGUGAACAGAACAUCAAUAAAGCAAAAUAUAUCGAACAACAAGUUAAUGCCGUCACAAGACAGUUGACUAUUUUACAUUUUGAGGAGACAGAUUUAAAAAUGUAUAAAUGCAAGCAUGAUUUAAAAUCUGCUUCUAUCGACUUAACAUUACAGCGUUAUGGAAUAGCAUUUUCAGAUAUGAACAAUUUAUCAAAGCUGAAUAUUCGACUAGAGAGACAAGGAUACGACGAUCAUAUUGUGGUUUCCUUUAUAAAUACUUCAUCGAUUCCUACAUGUUACUAUCAUUCAAUGAAUGUCACCAUGAAUAUCACCAAAUGCAAUACAUCAGAAAAUUAUUAUCUACUGAACGGGAUGUGUCAGAUAGAGAUAAAUAAAACAAAGACAUGUCAAAGUCAGAAAAGCAAUGUAGAAGUAUCAUGUUAUUUGGGAAAAAAAAUUACCAAGACAUUUGAGAUUUCAGCCUGUACUUUACUAGAUGUUGCAGAUGAAAUCAAUAUUGCUCUGAUUACAGUUGGUUUUGUCUCAUGUAUCAUUUUCGGCAUGAUAAUCGUAUUUUUUAUUAUCAACUAUAGAAAGAAACUUUUAAAAGUUGUAGGAGGUGAUGAAGAUCCAUGCAAGCCUUGCCAGGAGGACUCAACUUCUUCAAGUAAUGGCGUGACAAGUAAAAUGUUACCUGAUUAAAGUUAUAUUACAA